ACGAAAUGGCCGACGCUACGAUUGCCCCGGCCGUCGAGGACAAGACGGUCGAUGCCCCUCCGGCAUCCGGCAAGCAGGACAUCAACCCAUGGUCCGUCUCUGGAGAAGUCGGCGAGGACGGAAAGGUCAAGGCCAUUGACUACCGGAAGCUCAUUGACGAGUUCGGCACCAGUCUGAUUGACGAUGCGCUGCUGGAGCGCUGGGAGAAGGUUACCGGCAGCAAGCCCCAUCGAUUCAUGCGCCGAGGGAUUGUGUUCAGCCACAGAGAUUUGAAUUUGAUUCUGGAUCGUUAUGAGAAGAAUGAGCCCUUCUAUCUUUAUACUGGACGAGGCCCCAGUAGCGACAGCAUGCACAUUGGACACACCCAAGUGUUUGACUUUGUCAAGUGGCUCCAAGAUGUGCUUGACGCUCCCCUGAUUAUCAUGUUGACAGAUGAUGAAAAGUUCCUCUUUUCGGAGAAGCGAACAAUUGAGGAGGUCAUGAGCUACACUCAGACCAACGCCAAGGAUAUCAUCGCGGCUGGAUUCGACCCGAAGAAGACGUUCAUCUUCUCAGACUACGAAUUCAUUGGCGGUGCCUUUUACAGAAACAUCUCCAGGUUCUCAAAAAGAGUCACAUUCAAUGUGGCCAAGGCCGUGUUUGGCUUCGACGGAAGCUCGAACAUCGGCAAGAUUCACUUCCCUAGUAUCCAGGGCGCCACAGCCUUUGCCUCGUCGUUCCCUCACAUCUUCGGCGAUGACGAGACGAAGUCGGCCAAGAUCCCCUGUCUGAUCCCUUGCGCCAUUGACCAAGACCCCUACUUCCGUCUGACUCGCGACUGCGCCACGAGCCUUCGCUACGCCAAGCCCUCGCUGGUGCACAUGAGAUUUCUGGAUGCCCUGCAGGGCCCAGGCUCUAAAAUGUCGGCCAGUGACGACACCUCUGCCAUUUUCAUGAAGGACACGGCCAAGGAGAUCAAGAACAAGGUCAACAGAUACGCCUUCUCAGGAGGCCGUGAGACUGUUGAGGAGCAUCGCGAGAAGGGAGGCAACCCGGAUGUUGAUGUGUCCUACCAGUAUCUGCAAUUCUUCUUGGAAGAUGAUGAGGAACUGGCCAAGAUCAAGGCGGACUACUUGAGUGGAAGCCUCUUGACUGGCGAUCUCAAGGCGAUUUGCAUUGCGAAACUGCAAGAGUACGUCGGCGCCUUCCAGGAGAGGAGAGCCAAGGUGACGGACGAGGUUGUGAAGCAAUUCAUGGCCGUCCGCCCGCUGGAGUGGCAAGGCAACCCCAAGGUCCCCCGUGCGGAUCUCGUCGUGCCCGAGAUCAAGGCGGAUGAGGCCGCAGCGCCGACCGAGGGCGGACCGGAGAAGAUGACCAAGAACCAGCUGAAGAAGCUGCUCAAGGAGCAGCAGAUUGCGGCCAAGAAGGCUGAGAAGGCGAAGCAGAAGGAAGAGGAAGCGGCCAAGGCUGCGGAGAGCAAAUAGAUGUUGC